AUGCCUCCUACAGACAUGGAUUCCGAUCUCAGAAGAUCAUCGACUAACCCUAGCAGUCUGGGUAUGAGUGAAUACGCAUUUGCUGAUAUCAACAAUUUGGAGCACUGCGCCAAGUAUUUGAACCAAACCCUAGUCACCUUUGGUUUCCCGGCUUCUCUCGAUCUAUUCGCCAAUGAUCCCGUUUCAAUUGCGAGGACUUGCAAUUGUGUAUACGCGUUGUUGCAGCAGAGACAAAGAGAUAUCGAGUUCAGGGAGUCUGCCAAUGAGCAGAGACAACGACUCUUAUCAGACAUUUCAAGGUUGGAGGCCAAAGUGGAGAGGCUGGAAGCUCAGUUAUCGACCAAAGAACGAGAGAUAGCGACAAUGACUAGAACAGAAGCUAAAGCUACUGCAGCUUUGAAGGCCCAACUAGAUAAGUUGCAGCAGGAGCGAGAUGAAUUUCAAAGGAUGGUUUUGGGUAAUCAGCAAGUGAGAACUCAACAGAUACAUGAGAUGAAGAAAAAAGAAAAAGAGUACAUAAAGUUGCAGGAGAAGCUAAAUCAAGUAAUGAUGGAAAAAAAGAAGGAAUCUAGAUCGGGCAUGGAAAUUAUGAAUCUUCUGCAGAAAGAAGGGCGGCAGCGUGGGACAUGGAAUGGGAAGAAGGCUGACAAUGACUUCUAUAAAAAGAUUGUGGAUGCUUAUGAAGUGAAAAACCAAGAACUGGUGGCUGAGAAUGCCGAUUUAAGGGCAUUGCUACGUUCGAUGCAGGUGGAUAUGCGUGAAUUCUUGAAUGCUCCAAAUGGAUCGUCCAAGCAAUCUCGUCCUGUCAAUGAGAGGCCCGAUGCAGACCCUUCUCAGUCCCCAUUGGGCGGAAGGACGGAUAUGUUUGAUCUGCCUCUCCACAUGGCUAGAGAUCAAAUUGAAGAGAGUCUACGAACAAAGAUGGCUUCUAUUAAGGAGCGCAUGGUUGAGCUUCAAGAUGCACAAAAAGGUGCAGAAGUUACUUCGGAGGUGACGGAGAGAGAACUUGAGCUAGAGGCUCAGCUUGUUGAGGCAAGAAGCAUUAUCCAAGAGCAGGCAUCUAUUAUGUCUAAACAUCUCGAGAAGUCUGAAAGGCCAAGUAGGAGGUUGAGUGGCCAUCUGAGUUCUGAUUGA